AUGAAACAGAGAACUUUGGGCGAUUUUCUAUUUCCAUCCUCUCCAGCACCAAUUUCACCCCCAGCACCUCCGGCGAAGCGGAAGCACAAGGCUAUCGCUCUUGACUCGGAUACAAGUGACGAUCUUGCACAGGAUAGUGAUGUUGGCGCUAUAAAGUUUGAACCAGAAGUUAUCGAUGUCAGCGAUGAAGGCGAUUCUCCACGCCGACCGAGUACUAGACGGCUCAAGAAAUCCCUCGUUGUCACAGACAGUCUGCCAGAUGUGGCAGCAAGCGAUGACUCGCUGGAAGAUCAUAUUGGCAUACCUAUGCGAUGGAAAGGGAGCAAUAAAGGGAAGAAGAAGAGAAAAGCAAUAGCAGAUUCCGACGAUGAAUCUCAACCGCGCAAACGAAAGUUGGUCAAAGGCGCCAGACCUCCAAGUCCUGAAGGAAGUGUUAUCGAUGAAGUCGAUGAGAAUGACAUCAUUGAGUCGCGUCUUCGCGCUCGCGACAAGAAAACAACAUUUCAAAAACGUCUUGAGAAGUUAAAGAGUCUCAAGGGUAAGAAACGCUCAGAGAUAACCCUUGAAUCCUCAGAGUCGGACACCGAGUCAUCGGAAGACCCGGUGGUGCGACCCUUCAAGGGUGCACGACCAGAUCAUGGUCAAGAAUAUGAGUCCUCUAGUGGGGAACAUAAACAAACAGAUGAAAAUGACGACUUUAUCGUUGAAGAUGACGCGCAUGGUGUUUCGACUACGCAGCUACCCAUCGCUUUUAGCAUGAACACCCAUCAAGAUCUCGCCCAUCAAUUCAAGAUCGUCUGCCAGUUAUUUGUUCACAUGGCUGUCCGUUCUCCUUCUGACAGACGCCCAUUCAUGAAGAAGAUGUUGGAAACGGAGCAAUAUUUCUCUGUCCCACUUCAGGUAACGCGACGGAAAUUAUCUGGGAUGAAAGACUCUCUGGUCACAUCCUCGGUCUGGAAACCUCAAUUCAAGAGGCCGCUCGAAAGACACCCCAGAUUCGAAUUAGUACGAAUGAAGUUCAGCGCUCCUCAGUGUGAUGCUUGCAAUCUAGGUGGGAGAAUAUCCACACUAAUCGGCCGAGUGAGCGGCAAGCCAUAUGACAAAUACGAUUUCGAGCCCGAGUCAGACGACGAGUCAUCGAGCUCAUCAGACAUUGAUUCUGAUGAUAUCAGUCACAAGUCUUCUGACAAACAAUUUUAUCUCGGCCUUUUCCACGAGUUCAGUCACUGGGAGUAUCACUUGUAUCACUCUUUCCUGGAGCAGAUCGACGAAGUUCUCGAUGACAAUCGUAGUUUUGUCCGAAUCGCUUUCGCGGGGGGCGUCAAACCUCCCAAAGAUAUGCGAGAUGCAGAUAAAGUGAUGGACUGGCUUGAUCAGCGUGGGUUAAUCGAGUCCGAGUGGCAGAGAGUUAAAGAGUUGAUGGAUAAAGCCAGGAAUCUCGAAAUACGCGCAAAGAGAGGAGGCGAUCAGGACGACCAGGAUAUGUAA